AUGAUGUCAACAACCACCAACGAGACUAAACCAGGUGGAUUGAUGGGAUCCUUAAGAAAUAUACUUCAUAAUCCAUCAUCCAUUAAUUCCAACAACAACAAGAAUAUCAACCACAGUGGAGGGACAUUUACGAAUACCGCAGCACCCACCACAACCACCACAACAACAACAACUAAUAGCAGUUCAGCAGCAGUGACUCCUGAUAUCAAACAUAGCUUGACAACAGAAAAUAUGAAGGCUGAGGAGUCAAGCGGUGAUAAUAAUCCACCCAGAAAGAGAACCAAAGUCUCACGAGCUUGUGAUGCCUGUAGGCGAAAGAAGGUUAGAUGUGAUGGUGAAUAUUCGUCCACUUUACAAAGAGUGUCCAAAAUUUGCAACAAUUGUACCAAGAAUAAUGAAGAAUGUACAUUUUCACGUGUACCAUUAAAGAGGGGUCCGUCAAAAGGUUACAUACGAGACUUGGAAGAUAAGGCUGAACACAAUGACGGUGUUCCAACCCAACAGCAUCCACAACAACAUCAUAAUGGCGGACCACUCAUCGGCGGAAGCACAGUAAGACCAAUUUCAGGUAGUUUAGGUGGAAGUGGCCCAGUUCCUGUUUCUACUUUCUCACAUCAACCCUUGGUUUUCGCACAAUCACAUUUGAAUCAGCAACAACAGCAACUACCCAUUACGCUGGUAACAAGUUCCUCUCCACCAAUUAAACUUCCUCCAUUACUUGGUUUCCAAUCAAAAGUUUUUCCAUCAACAACACAAAGGCUUACGUCUUCCAGCAGUGUACCUACGGUUUCAUCUUCAAAUCCAUCCAGUCCCACCAGUCAUGGCUUAACUGCUCAGGCAGACCAAUCAUCUGUAAGCACCAUUAUCCCCACCCCUGGUCCAGCAACAAACGCUAUUGAAACCACCCAAUCAGCAACCAAUGCAAAGCCAAAUAGUCCGCCAAUUCAAGGUCCUUUCUGGAAAGUACCUUACGAAAUGCCACAAUCUGCAUCAUCUCGGAAAUCCUCCAUUUCAAGCGCAACGGGCCAUGGCGGAUCAAGGCUUCGUAGGAAGUCGUCGAUAGAUUCCAUUUCUUCCACAUCCACCACAGGUUCAAGAUUACCUUCGUUGAAACCUUCAGUUUCUAUGAGCAGUGACUUUAUGUCCGACAGUGAAUCGGAAGACUACUAUUCAAUUCGUUCAGGUGCUUCACAUAGCCAAUUCCCACCUGUUGGAGCGUCAAGAAAAGAUUCCAUGUCCCCAAGAAAUUCAAUUGCAUCCAUGUCUAGUCUUAAUGGACGAAUGAACAAAACAUUAAAUUUCCAAAGUUCAGCAUCUACAACCCCAGUUAUGGUCGGUUCUCCGUUAAGCGCUGCAGGACAAACGCAAUACUUUGUACAACAACAACAAAAUAUGUAUGCUGGUCAACAUCCAUUACCAGUUCCACCAAUGCAACCAAGCUUUCAAAUAGGUGGCCAUAUGCCAAUCCAAAGUCCAGCGCCGAGAUUCUCAUACCCACAACAAGGUUUUGUGUAUCCUCCAACAAGUAUUCCAGUUAAUCUUUUGGAGACCAAUUUAAAACUUUAUUACGAUCAUUUUCAUUCUUCAUUCCCAAUCUUGCCAUUUAAUUCUACUAUGUUGGCUUCAUUAUCUCAAGCUCGUGAUGAAAGUGCUGCUCAUGUGUGGGUUAUCGAAAUGUUUAAUCGUGCGUUGAAUAAUUUGAAUAAUUUCAAACAAGUGAACCUUAAUGAAAAUAUUGAAUUAUUGCUGAGAUUGAUGAGUUCGUAUCCAUUCCUGAAUUUAGGUAUAAAUAUGAAUGAUACCUCGUUGAUUUUCUUUUUCAGCACUAUUUUGAUUAUUAAUUAUGCUAUAUUAUUGAAUGGUGAUGUUUAUUCUUCAGGAAUUUCUUGGAGUAGUUCCAUAUUUAAUGAUUAUAAAGUUGUUCAGAAAUUUGUUGAAUUUGUUGGUAGACAAAAGGGUAAUAACAUGAGUAACUCGGUGGAUCUUGAUCGUAUUGAAUUGUAUUUGUCCAAAUUAUAUCUUUCACUCGAUGUUAUUGAUAAUAUCAAUAGUAUUUCUACUGGUUCUCAGAAAAAUGUGGGGAAUAAUACGAUGAUUCAAUUCUUGUAUUCAAAUUCCAACUUAUUAAUGAAUGAAAAUGACGAAUCAAUAAAAUCUGGGCUUACAGUAUUCAAGAAUUCGCAAUUGUUUAGUCAAUUAAUCAAUAUUAGAGAUCAGUUCAUACUCAGCUUUGGUAACUAUACCCAACCAAUUCAAAUUGCUAUUACUCAAUCAAAUGAUGAAUUUUCGAGCUACUUUGUUACUUUGAUAAAUGAAAAAUACGACUUGAUAAACUAUUUAUUCGAAAUGAAUGCAUUUCUUAAAGAUUCAAUUGAUCAUGACCCUGAAGAAGUUUAUGAAAAUUUGAUGGAUUAUAAUUUGAAAUUAAUUAGAUUAGUCAAGAAAAUAUCUAAUUCAAUUAUGCAUUUUGCCAACUACAUCGGAACGUCGACUGCUUCAUCUUCAGCAUCAACUUCCCCCACAUCAGAGCAAUCAAAGAAAUCAGAGAACAAAGUUUUGAUGAAUCCAUUGUUGAAUAUUUCCAUAGGUCAAUUAUUCAAGUUGAUUAAAUUGAAUAAAUUGCUUAUUGAUAGCUUGUCAUAUUUGAAUCAAUCAACCGAACAUCUUCAUGCUGGUAAUCGUUCAAGUGCAACUGAUUUAUCAGGUCGCUUAAGUAAGAUUAAUAAUGAUUUAUCAAUUUCAUUCAAUUUGCUUAAUUUAAAUUUGGUUAAUUUACAAUUGGGUACUAAAUCAAAUGCAAUAAUUAGAAAGAAAAUUAAUGAUUAUAAUUUUAAUUUCAAUUUACAAAAUAUGGUAUCUAAUAAUGAAACUAAGCUGGAUAUUAAGCUUAGUUUAAAUAAUUGGUUUCAAGAAUUUACGACUUCAAUUCUUCCAUUUAUCCAUCUGGAAAAUACUGAAGGUUGGUAUUAG